CGGCACCAUUCGCCUCUGGAACAGGGCGGGGAGAACAGUCGUUGAUUUGCCACUACGACAUCUACGCGUAUUUUUGACGAAACAUUCGUCUUCGUGAAUUGAACGCGGGUGAUAUUGUGAAAUAAUCGUGUGUUUCUGUGUUAAUUCAUGCUGUUUGUGUUAUUGUUUGUGCGAAAUGGUGAUCUAGUGGUGUGUAACGUGCAAGGACUUUAGGGUAACAAUGUCUAGCAGUUGACAUGUUUAUCUGUGUCGUGUGUGAAGAUUUUCCCUUCGCGUGAGGAGGUGUGGUGCGUUAGUGUGCGCGGUGCGGCUAGUGUGCGUGCCGCGGCCGUGGUUACGCGAGGAUCCAAUGAUGGAUUGCAUUUCCUCGGAUGUAUAGGAUGUGAACAUCAAGAUCGGUCGAUGAAUAACAACUUUCAUAUGACCUCUGCGGACAAUGCGGUCACAAGCUGCAAAACCUUUACCGAAGAAGGGAGCUUUAGGAAAGACGUCAUUUAAAGCAUCUAAACAAGUAAAUAAAAGGGCAACCGCACCGAAAAAAGUUAAAACGUCUCCAAAAUCUGUAUUGAAGAGUCCUAAAAAACUUUCUGGUGAUAAUGCAGCUACAGUUAAAAAUGACGGAGACACUUCAGCCAAAGAACAAAAUGACUCUGCAUCAGAAGCAGCUAAAGUUGGAUCUUCGAAGCCCAACACAUCCAGAGAAAAUUCUCCUUCAAAAAAACCCAAAAAGGAAUCUAAGGAGACAAAAGAUAAGGCUAAAGCAUCACCUAAAAAAGUUAUUUCUAAAAGGCCAGUUAAAUUAAUAAAGAAAAAUAAAUCUUCCCCUAAGUUAAAAGCUGACGAUAAAGACAGUGAUGAGAUAAAGUACAAAAUAAACUUAGAAGCAAUUAAAAAAGGAUCAGCAAAAAUAGCUAAAUCAAAAUCUAACUCAAAAAAAGGAAAUUCAAGCCAAAAGAAAAAAGGAACUUCUUUAGGUCAUGAAAGCAACCAAAUCAAAGGAAAAUCAGAAGAAAAUGAACACACGAGUAACUCAGAAAAAUUGAGCGCAGAUAAAUUAAGCAAUCCUAAUAAAGAUGUAGAGGAAAAAUCUUGUUCACUCAAUGAAAGUAGAAUUGAAAAGGAAGAAAAAAUUACAAUAGAUAAGUCAGAAAUGAAGGUUGUUGAAACACCUACGCAAAAUAUUAUGGCUAUAAACGCAGUAAUUGGUAAUCAAACAGAAAUACCUAAAGUUGAAUUGGAACGACCGCCUAAGUUUUUCACGUCAAGCAGGUCACCAAGAACAGUUGAUAUAGAUGUUAAAUGCUGUAAAAACUCAAAAGGGAAUUUAAGUGUGUCUGAAAGAUUUCUUUCUAUGAAAUGUGAAAGUAAAACUGAUGAUAACAGCAAAGAAAAAAGUUCUUCAAAUACUCUUAUAUCUCAAGGUCCUGAUAUAGACGUUUAUACUUUUACAGAAAAAGUUGAUUCACCCAAAAGUAUACUUUCUGAUUUUAGAGCUCCUGUAAAUAAAAAUAUUGGUAGAGUGCGCCCAAUAGCUAGGGUGAAAGGAACUGUUAUAGACAAGAAAGCUGAUCCGGAAAGAAAAAAAUAUUCUCCUCAUAGGCCUAUUGAAGAAGUCGUGAAACAGUUGAAAGCUAACAAACGUUCAGAAGACGUAGUUACUACUCAAACUGCUACAAAUUAUGAAUCUUCAGGUUUAGAUUUUGGCAUAUUUGCUAAUGAAAAAGAGGCAGAGGAAAAACCACCUAUAGUAAGUAAAUCAUACAAAAUGGUAGCAAGAAAAUCAAGCAUAACAGGACAACCAUUUAGUCCUAUCAAAUUCCCUGAUCAAGAGGAUUCACCAAAAAAAGAAACAAAAGGUCAAACUAAAACCAGUAACGUUAAGAAAAAUUUAUGCAAGUCUAAAAAGCAACAGAAAAAAAGUUCUUUAUCGGAUGAAGACAUAAAUACCUCUACUUUCUCACUUAAUACUAAGACUUUCCAUUAUUCUUCUUCCGAAGAAAGUGUGAGUGAAUCAAAUGAUGAUAAUGACAAUAAAGAAUCCUCAGAAUCAGAUAACUUCAAAACCAAAAGAACGAAAAAUAAAAAAUACAAAAGGAUUACUGAUAGCGCAAAAAAGUCAACUUCAAAGGAGCUAAAAGAGCUUUCCAAAGAUUCUUUAAUUGAUUUAAAAGAUACUUCUGCGUUAAUAGGAAAUGAAAAGCCCAGCAAAAGACGGCUUAAGUUAUUAUCAAUGUGGUCAGGCCCUAAAAAACAUAGGAUGGCAUCAUUAAAUGCCCUAGCAAAAGUACAUUGUUUAUAUGAAAAUGAAAGUAGAACUCAUAUGGAAUUAGGACUUAUGAAAACAGUUGAUCGACAAGUAAUUCCAAGUACAUCAAAAGUUAAUUUGGCCCCUAAAAAGAAAGAAAACAAAUCUAAAGAUAGUGAGAAACUUGAAAGUACAUCAGAGUCGGAGUAUGAAAAUAAAAGGGAAAAGGAGAAAGACAGUUCUGACAGUUCUGAUGAUAGUAUACCUCAAAGGACUUUACGUGGUGUUCCUGGAAUCAGAAGUGCCGGAAAAUACUGGGAUCCAAAAUCUUCAACUUCUUCCAGCGAAGAUAGUGAAUUAGAGUUCAAAACUAAAAAAAGCACUCCAGAUAAAAAGAAAAUUACACCAAAAUCUUCAUCUUCUUCAAAUAAAUCUGAUUCUGAAAAGCCCCCAACAAAGAUGAAGAAAACAGCUGGUGUUCCAGUUAAGAAAAAACGUAACAGAAAUGAAGUAGUUAUGGAUCUUAAGGACAUGGUUGUCCAAAAGAGAAUGGCUAGUUUGAACGCUACAGCUAUAUUAGCUGCCAGCUACGAGAAGCGUUCUCCAAAGUCAAGUAAAGAAGACACUACAUCAGAUUCAUGUAGCGACGAAUCUUUUUCUCAGAAGCCAAAAAACUUAUUAAGUUCCGGCGUAAAGUCGGAAUCAAAAAACGAAGAGACUGAAAAGGAAAGUGAUGAUACCCAGACUGCCGAUAAAAAGCAGAAAGUAGAGGUCAUCGUAAAUCAAGAUACUGAUGUUACGAUAACCGGGGUGUACUCUACUCAUCACCAUGAAGGGUUCUGUACCGUAUCGGGAAUGCAAUAUCGCAUCUCAUCAACUAGCCAUACUCAAACUACGGCGACGGCUAAUUGCGAAAAGGAGGCUUGCUCUAAAGAGGAAGCAUCUCGUUACACCCCUCUAUCUGCACUAUCAUCCAUGCAGCCACCUGCGGAACAUGCGCAUACACAUCCUCAUCCAGUGCCUGAACUUGGAGGAUUGGCUCGCCGAGCCGGUUGCUCGAGUGCAUUCUCCGCGCCGUCGCCAGCAGCUCAUCAUGAUCCAGGAUACUAUCAGCCCGCGGGUCCGCUGAUAAAAGAGAGCAGCGCAGACGCAGAGCGAGCGUUAGCCAGAUAUCACCCGCCACACUACCAUGCCCCGCAUCCACCUGUACUACAACAGUAUGGACCAUACUACCCAGCGGAGCUAUGCUAUGGGCGGUACUACCGACCGCCUGGACCCUACCACAUCCCGCCACCACAGCCCGAAGCACAGAUGGUAGGCGUCGGAAGCGAGCCGUACCCCCCUCAGUACUACGGCACGCCACCAUGUUACCAACAUUCCCCACAAAGGAUACCAUAUGUAGAAUACCGAGGAUGCCCGUGCCCACUAAACGCGUGUCCAAAAAACGUCCUUAUUGGGCCCGCUACUGGUAAAGCCCCGACCGGUGGCGGCCCAGCGGACGUUCCCUCGGCCCUCGCGCCGCCCGGGGCCGCCUUCCGACCGAAGGUGCGGGCGUGCGCGCUCGACUCCGCCGCCGACAACCACGGCAGCGGCAAGGAUCCUCCACUAGAGCCGGAGCCGCCAGGACCACCGACGGCCGCGGACGCUCCGCACCCCUGCCCGCUGCCCGCCAUCGGCGGCGCAUCUCCCAAGCGCGAGAUGUACGACGUGCGCGAGAACCAUCGCCUGACCGCUGAUGUCCCCGGGCCCACUGAAGCUCUGGGACCACCCUCCCCCGCGCGCGGCGCCUGCGCUCCGCAACCGACGCCGUCUGCGCCGCGGCGAGCGCGCCUCGGCAAAGCCAUGGCGAGGCGAUCGCUGGCAGGCGAUGACACCGGCCUGCUCAUGUCGACCCCGCAAUCGACUGUCGGGAAUCAAGAUGCAGAUGACGACGUUCUCGCUAUUUCACCGCCCGUGUGCGCUCCCAUCGAUCUCUCUUCGUCUGAUGAAAGAUCGACGCCUCUUGUGGAUGUUAAAAAAGAAAACGAGGGCCCCACUUACGCGUCUGCUAGAAAAACGGACGCGCAAGCCCUAAGAGAACACAACUGCACGACGGCUGCGACUGACGCGUUAGACGCCACGGACGCUGCGAAGGCAGUCAAGCGGAGAUAUUCGAAACCAAAAUUAGAAAUAGAAAUGAAAGACGUCCAACUUGAGGAUGCCUGCAAAACUAACGGAAUCGGAGAGCAUGUUAAACUUCAAAAGCGGCGAAAAGUUUCCGGUGAUCACACAAACGUACCUCGAAUUGAGACUAUAACUAAAGAACCCAAGAAAAAGUCACCACAUAAAAGAUCACAAAAAGCUAUUACCGGUCUCAAAAAAGCUCAUAAGAGAAAAUCUGACACAGUUCAUGUUGAACCAAAAACUAAAAAAACGAUGGUUGACAAAACCAUCAAUGAUGAUCCAAGACUUACAAAUGUAGCAGCAGUGCCCGCUGAUGAUCUUUGUUUAAAACCCAAAACUAAAAGUGCUUUAUUACUCGACAAUCUUAUUAAGAAAAACAGUAUAGAUAGGCCAGAGGUUAAGGGAUUUAAAUCGGAAACAAAGCUAAAUCCAGCUGAACUUUUCUUAUCUCCAAAUGAAAAUUGUACAAAGAAAACUUUAAAUAUAAAUAAUAACAUAGUAGAAAAUAAUGUUCCUGUUAAUGGUGUACAACCAAAGACCAUUGCAGCUGUCAGUCAACUUAUAGAAAAGAAACUAGCUAAUAAAAAUGCAUGCAAAAUAGAGAAGGUUGAAUCCAAGAUCACACAUAACCUCAAGUCAGUAUUAUCAAGUCCCACCGAAGCUUUCAAUGUCAAGGAGGUCCUCCAUCAUAAGCCGUUAAUGAACGGAGAAACGAAUGUUGAAAAAAAUAGUUUAAAUAUUUCUGUUGACGAUGAGAAACUAAAAGUUAUAGCCGUUAAAGAAAAAUGUGAACAAAAAGACAUAAGUGUAAGUGUUAAUGAACAUAGUGCCGAUGCUAUUAAACCUGUAAAAACAAACAAACCUUUAGUAAUUAAAACGUUAUCAAACCAAUUAGAAACGAUUCCUCAGUCGCUUGGUACCGGAAAUGUUGAUGAAUCUCAAACGGUUUUGUCUAAUGAUAGUAAAGUGACACAUUCUGCAAAAACCUGCGAAAAAUUAGAAGAUAAAGUAGGAUUAGAGAAACCAUUACCCAAACGAAGCAAACUAUACAUAGACAAAACGAAUGGGGACUUUAAGAGCAAGAACGUAGAAAAUUUAGUUAAGUUGCUAACUUCGAAAAAACUGGCAUCAAAAGCAACGGAAUUAUUGGCGCCAGUAGAACAAAAAAGUGCAGAAUGUAAUAAAGAUAAAGACAUCGUUCCAACGAAGCGAUGUAAGUUAGCGGGAGAAAAGACAAGCGGGGAAUGCAAAAGUAAAAAUGUCGAGAAAGUGGUGAAAUUGCUCGUUUCUAAAAAGACAGUCAUAAAGACAGACGAAGCGUCGUUGGUUGUCGAAGACGCUUGUUCGUCGCCCGUUCCUAGCCUGAAGAAAACGCGACGAAGACGCAGCGGCGGUCGCCGCAUGCGACGCGUGGCGGCGCCGCUCGCUCCGCCCGACCUGCAGCCGCGAGUGCAGCCCAAGUGGAGCAACGGCUGGAACUGGGACGGCGACCACUACAUAUCUAAAGUGUACCAAAAUAACGAUUCGCGGCUAGACCGCACGGCGCGCUGCUGGCCGCGCAUGACGCACGCGAGCGGCGACCGCGUGGCGCGCGGCGACUGCGUGCUGCUGCGCGCCUCGCUCAAGCCCACCAACGACGCGCAGCCCUACGUCGCGCGCAUCGCCAGCCUGUGGGAGGACCCCGACAACGGUGAAAUGAUGGUUUCCCUGGUGUGGUACUAUCGGCCCGAGCAUACGGAGCGCGGGCGCCAGGCGUCCGACGCGCCGGACGAGGUGUUCGCCUCGCGACACCGCGACGCUAACUCCGUCGCCUGCAUCGAGGACAAGUGCUACGUGCUCACCUUCAACGAGUACUGCCGGUACAAGAAACGGCUAAAGGCGGCCGAAGAGGGCAUCACCAUAGGGCCGUCCAUAGUGCCGCCGCUGCCCGCCGGCGAGCUGACGCCCGCGCUGGCGCCCAACGACACCAAGCUGCCGCCCGCCGUGUCGCCCGACCUGGUGCUCUUCUGCCGCAAGAUCUACGACUUCAGGUCCAAGAAGAUACACGUGCCCAACAAGUGAACUAGCUCCCGGAACGUUCGGAUGUCGAUUUUACACGAUCAUGUCGGGCGCGAUGGACCUCAACAUUUUUGUAUUUUUAUCUACUUAGGAUUCAACACCAAAGCUUGAAGAUAAGUCUAUGAUCGACAGUACUUCCCGGAGGAUAGGAAUCCGCUCCGGGUAGGAGCUGUAAGAGAAAUGUAUACUUUACAUCGUAGUGUCUCGUCGAACCCUAUAUUAGUACAAAGCCCGAUUCCAGUAGUUGAGUGUGGCCAUUUUCUUUUUUGGAUAAUCGCCGAUCUAUCGUUCUGUUGCUUGUAUUGUAUUUUGUCGUAGUGAUGUUUCUUGAAUAUUACAUUGAGUUGCGGAUUUUGUGACGGUUGUUGGUGAUGAUGAACUUUUAACAAUGGAUGCCUUUUUGUAAAAUAUAAGUAGUCGUAAGUGAAUCAUGAAUGCAUAAUUGUGAAUAAUGUUUAUUUUUGCUUCGGGAUUGAUGACAGUGUUAUGUAUUCUCACUUCUGUAGAGGCAUUGAGUUAGUGUGGUAGACGCUGACUUACCUUGGGUGUCGUCUCGCGGGCUGACUCGCUCUAACAUUAAGUUUUGUUUGGCGAAACGGUAAAGGCAUUUAUACGAUUAAUAUUAAUUUUAAUUUACUGUUACAUUGUUAUCUACGUAGAGUCUAUAAUAAAUUAUUAUUUUAAUACAACAAUGCAAGUAAGCCAUUAUUGUAUUGCGAAUCGAUUUUGUAAUUCGCUUAGGUACUUUUUUUAGGUACAGUCUUGUAACAUUAUUAUAAAAUAGUAACAGAAAAAGCACAAGAUAUACAAGUCAUACAAAAGGACUAUGUUAUUACUUAGUACCUUCAAAAUUAUUAUACAAAAAUUUGACAUGACUUAAAAACUUUAAAAUCAUGUUUAUACGUAAAUAUACUGUUUCUUCUUCAUUUGGAAAGCAUAGGUAGUAUUCUACAAUUAUUGCUUAUCUAGACUUUUUUGUACCUACCAUGUUCUAAUUUUCUACCUACAUCAUAUGUAUGUAGGUAUAUCAAUUUUUUUUUAAUAUUUAAGAACUCCAGAAGCGCAUUCUGAUUAAAAAACAUAGGUAGGUACACUUUUGAAACAUUUCGUUGUAUUGAACUAUCUACUGAAAAACAAGUAGGUAGGUAGUUUAAGUACCUAUUUUCUCUGCAUUUGAGGAAUUGAUUUUACUUAUACUGUCUUUUACACUUCAGUCAAUUUUGAAAGUAAUGUCUCCGAUUUUCCUUUAAUAUAUUUGUCUAUAAAGACUGAUUUCGCAAGAGCGGAGCACACAUUUUUUUACAAAAAUAUAUAGGUAAACUUCGAAAAAUGUAACUUGCGAAGCGUUUUUUGUUAAUUUAUAGUGUCAGCCAAUAUUUUACACUUAAAAAUAACAAGUGGGAUCAUUGUAACAUAUUUUUAAAUAUAAUAUUAGAACAUAGAUGUAAACGAAAAAGUGUUUGGACGGAAAGAGAUAUAUUGUAUGACUAUUAAUAGUGAAAUCUCUUUAUCAUUAGAUUUUAUGUCUGAAUACAUCAACGCGAGCCAUCUGAUAUGGGACGUGAAACGUACCAACCAUUUUGGUAAUCAAGAGAGUCCGUGAAACACUUAGUAGAUUAUUUAUUUUACAUACGUAUGAACUUUUAAUUUGCGUUGUUUCUGUGUAUUAGGCUCAUAAUUUUUGUGUAUGGAGCAAAAAUUUAGAUGAUUAUAUUUAUUAAAUGUUUCCUGUGUGGAAGUAUUUUAAAUGGCAUUUACACCUUAUAGGCUUACAGCAUUAUUUCAUUGUGCUGGACGUCCACUCAAAGCCUAAACAUUGACGAAUUAGGAGAACAAGAUGGCUUUAGGCUUAUUUCGUGGUUUAAUAACGAAUAGGUACCUACAAACCCAGAUUAAUACGAUGAUUUUGAAUUAUCGAAAUUUCGACCCAGUUGCAGGAGUCGUGAUCACAUCGUGAAAGUGAUUAAUCGUGAUAUUUAUCUAUCCGUUAUUUACAUGAUAAGAAACAUGAAGACAAAAUUUUACUGCAUCUCACUAACUUUUAUAGAAUUCGAGCGUCGGAAUACUUUAGCGUUAAAUUAAAAUGGACCUUAAAAAAGCUCAAAUUCGUUCAUACAUCUACAGCCAGCAGUCCAAAAUGAAACCUUGCAAAUUUAAAAUCAAUGAUAUUAAUUUAUUUUCUACUUUAAAUAAAGGAAAUUUAGGUUCAUUUUGGUUUUAAGUUAUUGUGUUCUAACGCUUGAACUGAGACGUAAAAUGAAUCAUAGACUACGAGAGUGGGAAGUCUAUAUGCUGCUGUGGCAUGCUACCCUCGGCCAGUGUUAGAAUCAGGUUACAAAAAAUAUUGCUUAGGAAAAUUAAAAAGAUACUAUUUGCAAAAAAAUAUACUAGGUAGGUACCUACUAUUUAUGGUACUGGUAAGGGUUAAUUUUUUGCAUCUUAGUUCUAGAUUUUAAAAAACAGAUAUUUGGCGAUAAAAUUAUACUAUCGCGUAGUACGUCUACCUACAAAUUCUGGCAUUAUAGAAACAUGGUAGGUACCUACUUAUAAAAUAGUAUUACAAAAUCCAACACUGUGAUCGAGAUUCGCUCCACUUUAUCUAUGUCAAUACCUACUAUGACACUGCAGUUUGCUUGUUUUCCAGGGAGAUGUCAUUAUGAUGCACGCCACUUUAUCAUACUGAUUCAUAGCUCGGUCACACAGGCUGCGUAAGCGUAGACGUAGCGCGUACCAUUGCGUUGUAAUGUAUGGUAGCUCGCGUAACUCGGUGUGUUAGGGGUUUACGCGCGUCACUACGUGCGUGUCACGUGUACGCAAUUGGUGUGAACUGUGAAUCGGCCUUUAAUAGUAGGUAUAUAUAAAGCGUGACGGGUUAAGAUAGAAACCGGGGUAGAGACGCCCCUUACUAACACGCUGACGUGCGGGACGUCCCCCCGGCUCAUACCCCGAUUGCCACCUCAACCUGUCGCCUACUAUAAUACUUCAUUUGAGUGGAUGCCCAGCAUUAUAGAACCAGUGGAUAAAGCCCUUUACGCUACUUAUUCAGCACUUUUUCUAUUUCUUACAAUGUAUCUCUUGAACUGUUUCCGUUAUUGGCUGUCUUUUAGACUUUUUUUUCUCUAUUACCCAUUAUUAUGUUGUACAUAAUGUUUAUGUAUUUUUAGUUGUAAUUUCAAUCAUACUGUCCCAGUGAGAUUUAAUUAAAAUCAAUUUUAAUCAAGUUAAAACUAUAUUUUAUUAAUUAGUUACGUAAGUACCUAUUUUGGGUAUUAAUUUUUGCAUUUCUAUCGCGUUUCUGCUUGAAUGAAUUAAACACAACUCAUCCAAGCGUUUCUUAUUCAAUUCGAUGAUGAUUUUUUUUUUACGGAAGCAAAUGAUUCUAUGUAAUUAUAUACUACUAUGAAAUGAUUGUUAUGUUCUUUUUUGUGAUACCAUCUCACUGGUCUAUUCCAAAGUUUAAGUUUUCAAUAUUUUCUUAUCUUAUUCUUUGCUUGAUGCCAAAAAAUUAGCUGCAAAUGUUCUAUUAUUCAAUUAUAAUGUAAUACCAUUCUCUUUUCUAUUUAGGUUAACCGAAUGUCCGUGGAGUAUACGUGUUAAAUAAUUGCCUACCUACUUAAAAAUACAUUUAUGGAUGGACAAUACCUAAGGAAGUUAAACGAGUAGGUACCUUACAUACCGUCUACGAUUCAUAGUAGUGCUGUUUGAAACUAAACACAUUUACUUGCUUACUUGGAAAUUUCAAGUAUUUUCCACGUGAACUCCAGGGAUAUAGCUACUCAUUACUAGUUAAUUAGAAUUAAUGAGUAAAUUCCAUAAUAGUAAUAUUACUAUAAGUAAGCUCUCCCUUGCUUGUAGAUGGAAUGUUUUAAAGAUGUUACCUGGACCUGCAAUCGCAAACUUCUUUUAGUCAAUGAUAAUUUUUAGAAUUAGGUUUUACUAAUAAGAAAAAAUACCUUGUUUUUAUUAUUUAUUUGUUUCAAUGGAAAUUAUAUAGGUAUAUUUUUAUUAUUGUAACCUACAUAGUUACGUUGGCUGUAAUUUAAUAUUGAUGUAAAAGUAAUAUAUGUAUUUUUAUUUCAAA